CCAGAUUUGGCCACUAUGGGCUCCGGCCCCAUCCACCCUAAGAAGCUCCUGAAGGGGCUGGACAGCUUCCUUAGCUGGAACGGGGAGGUGAAAAGCGAGAUUGGCAUCUCCAAAAUCUUUGGGCUGAUGAAGGAGGCCCGCAAGAUGGUGAGUCGCUGCACCUACCUGAACAUUGUCCUACAGGCCCGCUUGCCCAGUGUCCUUGCCAAGUUCAUUCGAGUGGGUGGCUACAAGCUCCUGAACAGCUGGCUGACAUACUCCAAGACCACCAACAAUGGCCCCCUCCUGCAGCAGAUUCUGCUGACCCUGCAGCACCUGCCCCUCACAGUGGGCCACCUGAAACAGAAUAACACGGCCAAGUUAGUGAAACAGCUGAGCAAGUCCAGUGAGAAUGAAGAACUCCGCAAGCUCGCUUCAAUCCUGGUCAGUGAUUGGAUGGCCGUCAUCCGGUCCCAGAGUGGCACCCAGCCUGCCGAAGACAAGAAGAAGCGGAAGGAGGAAAGGAAGAGCCGGAUUGUCCUUAUGGAACGUCAUGCUCCUGAGGUCAAGGCCGAGGCACAGCCCAGGGAAGCACCUGAGAAAAAGAAGGAGAAACCCAAGAGCUUGCGCACCAUGGCCCCCAGCCACGCUAAGUUCCGCUUCACCAGCCUGGAGCUGGAGGCACCAUCCCUGGUGCCCGUGAAGAAGAACGCCAGCACCAUCGUCGUGUCUGACAAAUACAACCUGAAACCCAUCCCCCUUAAACAGCAGAGCUCAUCAGCCAACCCUGGGGAUAUGGUACCCCUACCUGAGAAGAAGUACAAGCCCCUCAACAUAACACCCAGUACCACCAAGGAGAUCAAAGUGAAGAUCAUCCCUCCACAGCCCAUGGAGGGCUUGGGUUUCCUAGAUGCCCUCAACUCAGCUCCCGUCCCCAGGAUCAAAAUCAAGAAGAAGAAGAAGGUUCUUUCACCCACAGUGGUUAAGCCAAACCUGUUUGAGGGGAAACUGAGCACAGAGCCAAGCAUGGCCAAGCCCUCCUCUCCUGAUCUGGGGUCCGCUUCAGAGCCUAUGGAUACAGAGCAGCCCAGGACCCCCAUCCCACCAAUCGAGGUGCCAGAGCUCACAGAUACAGACUCCAUGGACUCUGACUCAAAGCCCACAGAGAGCCCUGGUGGCCCAGCCCAGCUCACCCGCAAGGGCUGCAAAAGGAAGACGACGUGGCCUGAGGAAGGCAAGCUGUGCAAGUAUUUCUACUUCGAGCUGGGCAAGAUGGAGCGAGUGAACGUGAACAAGAUCAAAGACUUCGGGGAAGCGGCCAAACAGGAGAUGCUGAAGGACCGGCACGCGUUUGAGACGGCCCAGCGGCUGAGCCAUGACGCCAUGGAAGAGAAGUUGCCCUGGUUGAGCCCGCGACCCCUAUCCCUGCCCCCAGCCCUCGUCAGCCCAGGCAGCAACAGCCAGCAGUGCUUUGUCCAAGCCGAGCGGGAGAAGAGCAUCUUGCAGGAGAUCUUCCUGUCCAAAGAGAGUGUCCCCAACAGCCCCCUCAAGCCAGACCCCGAAUCCUAUGAGCCCGUGCCCCCCACGCUCAUCCCCCUGGAUGGGGAGUGCUCCAUGGAUGAGGCCCCAUAUGGAGAGGAGCUGGAAGGCAGCAGGGUGGAGGGUUCCCCCGAUGGGGUGGGCAGCUCCAAGCUGCCUCCAGUGCUUGCCAAACUGAUGGGCAGCGUGGGUGCAGGCAAGAGCCCCCAGGGCCUAGGGGGGACCGCUGCCAUCAACAUGCAGGAGAUACUCACCUCCAUCAUGGACAGCCCCAACAGCCACCCAUCUGAGGCUUUGAAGCAGCCUGACUAUUCAGACAAGAUCAAGCAGCUUCUUGGGAGUCUGCAGGGCCAGCCCCAGGGCCCCGGGGAAGUGGCCAAUGGCUUCCCCCCGGGGUGUCCUGGAGGCCCCAAGGGCAUGCAGCACUUUCCCCCUGGGCCUGGGGGGCCCAUGCCAGAUGAGGGCAGAAGGGGGAGAGGCCCUGGAGGUCCUGGCGUGCCUGUUGGACCUCACCUGCUAGGGCCUCCUGGCCCCCCUCCCAGGGGAGGGGACCCUUUCUGGGGUCCUCCGGCGGACCCCAUGCAGGGAGGUCCAAUGUGUGGAGGCCCCCCCGGCCCCUAUCACUGGGGCAGAGGAGGAAGAGGAGGCAAUGAGCCCCUGCCACCACCCCUAUUCUGGGGUUGGUGAGGAGAUCACUUAGGGGGGCCCCCCAAUGGACGAGGAGGGCCCGGUGGAGGGAUGGGUGGGGGUGGUCUGGCCCAUAAUGCCCACAUUCAUGGGCAUGGACCCCUGGGCACCCGUGGCCAUGACCACCACGUCCCACCUCUCCAUCACCAUCAUGGCCAUGAUGGGCCUGGGAUCGGUGGCAGUCACCGGGGCCAUGACAGCAGCCACAGCCAUGGGGGAGACAUGCCCAGCCGCCCCAUCUGCCGUCACUUCAUGAUGAAGGGAAGUUGCUGCUAUGAGAACAACUGUGCCUUUUAUCACCCCGGAGUCAACGGGCCGUCCCUGUCCUAGGGCCCUCAUGGCGCUCCCCCCGCCCUGCUCUAUUGCCCAAUUUUGGCUUCUGUGAGACCCCGACAACUGAGCUGGCUCCUGGCCCCUCUUCCCUCCCCUUCCCCUCCCCCCGGCCACACACACACACACACACACACACACACACACACACACGCAUAUACUCCACACACAAACACCCAUCUGAGACCUGGGGACUGCAACUUUCCGGUGUGCAUCACUGCAUGUGUCCACUCCUGUCCAUCGGCCUGGGACCCUGAGACUGGGAAGGUGAUUCACCUGAAAACACGAGCAAACUGGCUUCACCCCAAAGACAACAUUCCCCCAUCCAUCCUGGACCCGGCUUCUCAUCUGCAGGUCGUUUUCCUGGUGUGACUCCACCACACUGGUCCUGUUCUGCUGGCCUGGAAUGUCUUCCGCCCCACCCCACCCCGCCCUUUGGAAAGACCUGAGCCUCUGGCCUCUUCUUCACCCUGUCCUCCUGGGGGACUGUGAAGCAACAGAGCCUUGGGUUGCUUCAAACUCAGCCCAGGCCUUGUCCACUGUCCUGCCCCCCUGUGUUUGCCUGCCAUCUUCCUUCCAUCUUCCUCUUCAUUCCCCCCAGGUAGGGGGGUGGGGAGGGAGGGCAGGUGGCUAUGUUUGCGUGGCCCCAGUGUCUGCCCUAAUGUUUUCCCCUGGCCCAUCUUCGUCGUAAGACUACAUGGCCCCUGUCUAUGAGCCCCCCCAAGUCCCCCUGCCAGUACUGCCCAAGCACCCUCCCCUUUCGCCCCCGCAUCUCCCUUCCCUCACUGUCCCCCCUGCGCCCGUUGUUUUCUGUGAAAACGUUAGCUGGGAGAUGAGGGGGCUAGGCUGGUUUGAAUAAGACAGAGUUGAUGUUAUUUUCCAGUUUUCGUUUGGUUUUUGUAUAUUUUGUA